AUGUGCCCCAAUGGGUUCCCGGACCCUACCAUUUAUCACACCCUCACACAAGCAGACGUAGAUUGUGCUCGACGCGUCCAACCUAAGGCCACGGCUGCCCCGGUUGCAUCCGUGGCAUCGGUGGUGAGCAUCGAGAAUGUUACUUCUGACAAUGAGGGAAGGUCUGAUGACCAUGUUGUCACCGCACUGGUUGCCACAGUGCUGGGUCUCUCUGCAGAGCUGUUCUCCUUGUUCGAGUUUGAUGACCCCGUUCUCAGCGACGAUGGCGAGCUGGAGGAUGAGGAAGAGGUGAGCACUCUGCUUGCUCAUGUUCCGCACCACAUAAUAGCUGCCAUUCGUGUGGAUGCAGACACGCCCAAGGGCGAUUUAUGGGUGCCUCACCUUGUCUGGACCUGUGUUGUCCGGGGAGAUCUAGCUACGAUUCCAUUACAGGCCCUUAUUGACAAUGGGUCUCACGCAGUUCUGAUUCGUGAAGACUGCAUGGACAAAUUGGGUCUCUGUCAUUGUCAUCUGCCUCAUCCAGAAUGUGUUAAAUUGGCGAUGAAGAAUGAAGGCCAAAAGGUUGUUGUUGAGCUAGCUGAAUACAUUCAUUUGCAGUGUUCCGAUCCAUUGUUUGGCUGGCAGGCGCAUUCUGUUCAUGCAAUUAUCGCCCCUGGACUUUGUUUCCCCAUCAUUCUCGGUUUUCCUUUCCUUGUCCGUAAUGAGAUUGUCAUUGAUCACGCUGCCCAUUCUGUUGUAGCCAAAGCUUCCAUGUUUGAUCUCCUCCAUCCGCAGCUGCCGUCUCCCCCUGUAGUACCACGUCCCAGACUUCAAGAACAGAUAAAGUCCAUUGUUCACAAUCAUACAUCCAUGAUGACCGAACUGAAAGAUCAACUGUGGGACCAACAUGACUUUGUCAACAAAAAGGCUGAGCCAAUGCAUGACCUCGACAUUGUGGGGUUAGUGCGAGAGCAGGUUGAAGAGCUCACUGCACAAGAACAACUCACACAACUUGGUGAUGCACUGAAGGCGGAGUUCCGUGACGUGUUUGAGCCAAUUCCCCAUGCCAAUGACUUACCCUCAGACAUGUACUGCCGCAUCCAGCUGAAAGAUGCUAGUAAACGUAUCGCGACACGGUCAUAUAGUACACCGCAAAAGUACAAGGAAGCUUGGUCAACCCUGGUACAGGAACAUCUCACUGCAGGGCAGAUUUGGCCCUCAAAUUCUGAACACACAUCACCAGUGUUCCUCAUGCCGAAGGUGGACCCUACUGCCCUCCCGCAUUGGCAACACCAUCAUCGACUCGCACUCGCUGCCUCGGGUAGAUGA